AAGGUGCUACAUGGAUCUGCAUGGAACAGGUAUUGAAUAAGCUGACAAGGCAGGAUUGACUGUUUAAUCAACAAAAUAGGAAGAAAUACAUGGAAAAGAGGCACAUGUGCUCCAGCUCAACAGUUGCGGUUAUGAAAUUAGUCCCUGGUGACAUUGGAAAACGACUUGAGGAGAUGGUGCAGCUGACAGCUCAGAAUCUACCUCAGGUGGAGGUGACCAGUAGUUACACUAUCCUCCGAGAACUUGGCAGUGGUGCCUUUGGGCAUGUAUUGAUGGCAGUCCACCAUCACCAAGGAACUCCCAUGGCACUGAAAUUUGUACAUAAAAAAGAUACAGAGCUACAGGAUUUCCUUAGUGAAUAUUGCAUUGCACUGACUUUGGGGGCGCACCCUUGCAUUGCCACUGCCCUUGGGAUUGCCUUCCAAACCCCCCAACACUAUGUCUUUGCACAAGAAUUGGCAUUGGCUCAUGACCUCUUCUCUCUCAUGGUGCCAAAGGUUGGCAUACCUGAGCAACGGGUAAAGCGCUGUGCCCUCCAGCUUGCAAGUGCCCUGGAGUACAUGGAAUCCAAAGGGCUAAUCCAUCGAGAUGUCAAGCCAGAAAACGUGCUGCUCUGUGACCCUGAAUGCCGGCGCAUUAAGCUGACUGACUUUGGACUGAGCUGCCCAAGGGGCCAUGCCAUUAAGGCCUUGCCUGAAAGUCUGCCUUAUACCGCACCUGAAAUGUGUAUCUUGGGCCCCAAAGCUCAUCUGGAAGUCCAACCGAGCCUUGACACCUGGGCUCUCGGAGUGCUGCUGUUCUGUGUGCUAACUGGCUACUUCCCCUGGCUUACAGCUGUGCUCUCUGAUCAGCAUUAUCGCAGCUUUGUCUCCUGGCAUCGCAGCCCCCGUUUUGUUUCACUCCCAGCCCAUUGGGAACGUUUCACUCCCCAAGCAUUAGAAAUGUUGCAAGGGCUCCUGACACCCAAUCCAGCACUCCGUAGCCCUGCCAAGGUGAUUAUGAAUUACAUCAAAACACCUUGGUUGUUAUUGGAAGUAAAGAGUCGAGUCCGACCCAGCAGGGAACUUCUUGGCACUACCCGGCGAUGCUAAAGAUCAGGUGUUGUAAGGAGAAACAAGAGGCUCUGAAACCUCACCUUAGCCCUUAAAGGACCAACGAUGUCCAUCAAUUAAUAAAGACACUUUGUUUGGUAAAAAUCAGUCGAGCCAGAGAAACAGAGAAAAGAUGACUGGAAAACAAAACAAACUGCUUACCAAGCAAAGAAGGAGAAGCCGACUCAGGGAAAACCUAUGUCAGUCUUGGAAGUAUUUCUAUCUGAUCUCCUGUCUCUGCUUUGGAUCACAGUUUCAAAAGAUUUGAUUUCAGUCUUUCCUUGAUCAAGAAUUAUCCCUAAAAUUCUUAAGUUAAAGUUUCUUAAAAGGAACCAAGUGAAAAAGCCCCAAAUACUCAUAGCUUCAUUCAUUCAUUAUGGAUCAGAUAAAAUGGAGUCAGCUUAAAAUUUCCUAUGAAUGAAUGGGGUAAAAAUUAGUGAUCCUGUUUUCUAGUCAAAUGCAAGAAACAUAUUUGGUAUUGUUAUGAAGCAUGGAGUCCUGUUUUUUGAAAUCAGCCCAGGAAACUUGGGUAUAAACAAAGAUGAUCAAUGAAAAAUUAUAUCAUUCUUUGUCAAAAGCCAUCUUAUAGUAUCUGCUGAGACAUAUCUAACUAAAGGAUGGGAAAAUGAGUUUCAUUGCAAGAAGCCCUGUGAUUUUUAUGUGACAAAAUUGUCCAGAGUUUCUGAGAGCAUAAAAAUGUUUAGGGAUCUGAAAUUGAUGCUAUUGGGAUUCUAGCACUGUAUGUAUAUGGCUGAUUCAAUGAAUGCUAUAUUCACUCAAGUGUACAGUUGUAAAUAAAGUGUAUAGAUUUAUAUUG